CUGCCAUUUUUUCGAAGGAAUCUUCCUGAGUAGUUAGACAAGCAAAGACAAACUGAGUUGCACCGUCAGCCUUUGGCUGUUUAGUUUCAUCUGCUGGCGCAUUGAGGACACAUUCUACAGGAAUAUUACAGAAGUUUUGCUGACUUAAACUCGGGUUAAAGCGCAGGCUUGGCUCGGAGCUGCACUGCUCUGCAGAUGGCUGCUUAGCGCGGCUAGCUAACGUUAGCCGUAGCUGUAAACAAACACUGCAGACAGUGAGGAAACAGCAGUUGACCAACGAGCUCAAGGCUCGCAGGUCGGGGGUCGGUCGGGUUCACGGGGGAAACACACUCUUAACGCCGGCAUGUCGUCCUUCUCCGAGUCGGCCCUGGAGAAGAAGCUGACGGAGCUGAGCAGCUCACAGCAGAGCGUCCAGACUCUGUCUCUGUGGAUCAUCCACCACCGCAAACACUCGGCCCUCAUCGUCAAAGUGUGGCACAGAGAGCUGAAAAAGGCUAAAAGCAACAGAAAGCUGACGUUCCUGUAUCUGGCUAACGAUGUCAUCCAGAACAGCAAAAAGAAAGGACCAGAGUUUACCAAAGACUUUGAGUCUGUCCUCGUUGAUGCCUGCUCACAUGUUGCAAGCGAGGCAGACGAGAGCUGCAAAAAGCACAUGGAGAGAUUGCUGAACAUCUGGAAGGAGAGGAGCCUUUACAGAGGCGACUUCAUACAGCAGCUCAAACUGGCUAUAGAAGACUCUAACAGCCCCAGGCCUUCAGAAGAGAAGAAGCCUGUGAAACGAACCUAUCAGAAGAUCCAAGAAGAUGAAGAUGAUGACGACGAUGACUACAGAAGCCACAACUCCCCUCGCAACACAGGCGCCACCGCGACUCAGUUGACGGAGGAACUGGUGAAGGCGCUGCAGGACUUAGAGAAUGCUGCAUCAGGUGACGCAGCAGUUCGUCAGAAGAUCGCCUCGCUGCCGCAGGAAGUCCAGGACGUUUCCCUGCUGGAGAAAAUCACUGACAAGGAUGCAGCAGACAAGCUGUCGAAGACGGUGGAUGAAGCGUGUUUGCUGCUGGCCGAGUACAACGGGCGACUGGCCGCAGAGCUGGAGGACCGGAGGCAGCUGGCACGCAUGCUGACUGAAUACAUCAGCAGCCAGAGGGAGGCGCUCACGGAGAGAGAGAAGAAACUAGAGGAGUAUAAGCAAAAACUGGCGAGGGUGACCCAAGUAAGGAAAGAGCUCAAGUCCCACAUCCAGAGUCUCCCUGACCUCUCCCUCCUGCCCAACGUGACCGGCGGUCUGGCCCCGCUCCCCUCGGCCGGAGACCUCUUCUCCACCGACUGAGAAGUCUUUGCCCAGACAAACUGCCCCCCUGCCCUCCUCACCCACCCAAACCCGGCUCCGUGUUUGAUUCACAAAAUAUUUCUAGCUGUGUCUCCGGCCAAACGACACACGUGAUCAAACCUGCAGGACGAGAGGGAGGACGGGACAUCAGAAGGAAGGUUUGGUAAAAUCAAAAAGCUCUGCAGAGGAGAACAGAGACUCUGUCAGCCUUGACUUUUCCACCACUUGCUCGAUCGACAAGGAUUCCACUCCACCAGCUUGGAAAGAGUUUGUUUCCUGUUUGUUUUUAUUUUUAUUUUUUAACGCUGGAAGAGUCAGUGAUCUGGGAGGAGGGGUGGCGUAAGAAGCAAAGCUUAGACAAACAUAAAUGUUGGUGGUCAGGAUGUGUCAAGGUGUCUCUCUGUGGCAUAUUUUAGAUUCGGCGAGCAAAGGUGGGUCGUUUGCUCUCAUAACGCUCAGAGGCUGUGACUACACUGUGAAGAGGAAGUACCAUUCAUUAGUUUUAUUUUUUGGCUUUCAGUUGGGGGCUUUUUAUCGACACAUAGUCUGAUAGCUGGUUUUGAUGUGUGUGUGUACAAUUAGAGGAGAUAUCUGAUUGGGUUCAGUGUACGUUUUGGUUGCCUCAUGAACGCUCAUGGUCCACAGCUGUUACUGAGCACGCUCAUUCAGUAACACUUCAGAGAGAUGGUGAUUAAAUACGUUUUGUGAGACAGUCUCAUCCUCAUAGUUUCAAAUCAAUAUAGAAUAUCUGGUUUUCGUGUCCUUGGCUGCAAGUGUUUUUUUUAACAUUUACUGACUAACACUUUGCAAUUCAUCGUGCUGGUUUGUUUUCACGCUUUCAUUUGGACAGAUGCUUGAAAUAUGGAAAAUCUAAUUAUGUUUCUAAGUGUGUACUAGUCAAGGUUUGAGUUUCACAAGACAAAUCCUAAGAAGUUUGAGAGAACGAUUAAAAACUGAAUUUUUUUUUCCAAUUUAAAAAGUUGUAUGAAACUCUUAAAGUCAUUUGCUUAGAGAGCAAAAAAAGUGAGAAAAACUGAAGAAAAGUGUUAAAGUUUUAGUGUGUGUAGAGCUGGGCAGUAUGGAAAUAAAGAAAGAAGAAGAAACAAAAGAAGUAGAUCAGAUGAUGACCAUUUUCUGGUACUGUUAGAUGUCACAACGUGUUUUGGUAUAAAAAACAGCAGCACGGGUUGUUACGUGAAUUGGACUGAACUGUCAUUUUAAUAUCUUAAGUAUUAAAGAAAGUUGUGUCCAGUGCUUCACAAUAUAAAAUUUCCACUAUGAUAUUAAAUUGAUGAAUGAAGUCCUACCUGUGUGUAGAUGUCCAGUGAUGAAAUAUUUUAUUAAAAAGCAGCAUUAACAGAUUUACCUCUUCAGUUUGUCAGAUCACAUUAAAAUUCCCUUAAUUAAGACAUUAAUCUCAAGAAGAAUCAAUUAUUCCCUAAAUCAUUUGCUACAACAGGUAGAUUUUUGAGUAGUUCUCUGCCAAGGCCACAAAAAUAUGUAUCAUUUGUUUAGCUCAUAUUUGAGUUGUCUGUAUGCAGGAAGAAAAACUGAUUUGGGAAGUUUCAUGGCAAAAGGUCAGAGAUGUUGGCUUGGAUCACGGCUCCUGCUGCUGGAGUGUUUUCUAAAGUAAAAAAAAAAAAGAUUACAGUUGCUGUAACUUUCCUGCUGAUGCAACAAGCUCGGGCGAGAAAUGCCGCUGCAAACCCUUUUAAGUAAACUCCCAGAUUGAUUUGUGUUUCCUGGCAAAACAUUUCAAACAGCAGCUUGUAUAACCAAAGGUGUGGAUGUGAACGGUCAUUGCCGCGCUCACGAAGCAGACAUCUGGGCCUGUUUCUUGCGUUAAAAUGAACCUCAAUAUGAGAUCAACUGUCUGUGGCUUUGGAUGAUAAAUGUGAAAGUUUGAAGAACAAAGAGUGAAAGAAUUCUGACUAUUAUUUGGAUCAGUCGGGAUUAAAAUAGAAUUCAACCUUUAGUUAAAUACAAAAACGUUCAAUACAGCCACUGUAUCCAGGAAGGAUUUCAGCAACAUUCUGCCCCAGGUGUGCUUCACUGUAGAUAUUAGUUUUGUUACCUACUCGUUGUGUGGUAUGUUUCUCUCUGCAGAAUCGUGCUGCACUGCCAGGACUCCACCAGUAGGGUGGUGUUUAUCUGUAAUGAAAGUGAUUCAGUGGAGGCCAAUAAACUGGAACCAU